ACCUGAAAACAGGAUAUAGAAAGUAUUACUCUGAAAUACUGCAGCUGUGGAAUUGAGGCAGUGGCGCAGUAGGAUCAUGCGCUUGGAGGAGCUGGUUGAUCGGUCAGCUGCAAAGAAUGUUUCAUUAAUCUGAGAACAAUGUCGGUAAGAAGGAGUGGAAGAUAAAGGAGUCGUGAGACGGCAUGCACGGGAGAAACACUCCUCGCAGCUUAUGAGAAGCGUCACACUUCAGCCUGAGGGAUGAGACGCGCUGCCGAGGAGGUGGGGGGACAUUCAACGUGCUCAGGACUGAACAGACUCUCCUUCUCCAAAACGAUUGUCUGCAGAAUCGACAGCAAGGUAGCAGCUCUUGCCACCCUGGAAAUAUAAUAACUUUGUACCAGCGGGAUGAAUGAAAUCACUCUAACUAGGAAGAAGGGCGACGGGCGAACUGUCCGGCGUUAGCCUUGCUGCCAAGCAACACGAGUCAGUGGUGGGGGAAUUCUGAACGGUAUCCCGGGGACACGCCGGUCUGCGGUCAUGUCGAACUCCCAGGAGCAGAGCCUGGACGAGAAUGCAGUGUUCCUGCCGGUGAACGAGUUCUCUCCGGAGUUCCUCCACUGUGAGAAGGAGCGUCAACUGAUGGAGAGGCUCCUCGACGCGGGACCCGAGGCCUUCUACGGCGCCGUCGGCGCGGAGCACCGCGGCUGCUUCCUGUCCUCCGAGGAGGUCAGCCAGAUCACCUGCUGGGCCCAGGACCAUCGCUUCAACCAGCCGCAGGUGCAAAGUCAGGAGAACGGAGAGGAAGGCGGCUCGGAGAUGGAGAACGUCUGCUCCACCUACUUCCCUUGCCGCUCGGACACGCCGGCCCCCAACCUGGACCUGGGGUGGCCUGAAAAGGGCCCCUCGGUGCAAACGGGAGGCGUCGCGGUCCACACCAGCCCGCCCGCUGAAGGAGAACCUCCCGUGAGACAGAUCGUCAGGCAGCACUUGCAGAAGGCUGGCCAAGUCAUAGCCAUUGUGACGGACCGAUUGACAGACUCUGCAAUAAUUGGCGAUUUACACACUGCUGCUUCACGGGGCGUCCCUGUCUACGUUAUCCUCAACCAAAGGUCCAUUCAAGAGAACUUCACACUCAACAGGCUCCGGCAUCCGAACAUGCGGGUCCGUGUUCUCGGAGGGAAAACCUUCGGGUCAAGGACGGGACAAACGGUGGUCGGGGAAAUGAAAGACAAUUUCCUACUGGUGGAUCUGGAGACAGUGAUUCACGGCAGCUACAGCUUCACGUGGACGGACGCCCACCUUCACCGGCAGCUGAUCACGGUUCUGAGCGGCCCGGUUGUCGAAUCGUUUGAUCGGGAGUUCAGGAUCCUUUUCGCCGCCUCGCUCGCUGUCCCGGACCCACGGAGGGCCGCAGGCGCUCAUGUGGAUGUGCGCCAUCAGCUCAGCGACCUCUCGGAACUUGAGUUUAAAAGACGGCACCAUUUGGAGCCCGAGAAUAUCAAUCCUCCGUCGCCCCCCGGUGAUUUCCUCCUGGACUGGGAAGCCAUGGGGGUUAUUCAGAGAAACCGCUCCUUCCCGGAGAGUCAGUGCUUUAAUCGGCCCGAGGAAAUCACGGCCGUGGAAACAUCACUGCGGAGCACAAUGCAGUUCAUGAAAAACACGGAUUCAUCUCACAAUGGAAACCAGUUUGGGGGAAAUAAAAGGCCACAAGAAAACGCCGCUCAAGGGACAAAGACGUUACUGGAUAGAUCAACUUUCAAGGACAUUCAUUUUCAGAGCAACGCACAGCUGUGGCCAAGGAAUGCGACAUCGCAAGAAAGAAUGAAAAGGGUGGAACACACAGAAGAUAAAGGAAUUUCCAGGCAACUCUACACAGAGAAGAGCAGCGCAUUCCAUAACCAAAAAACAACAGGACGUAAUGAUGAUAAAGCAACAGAGCCAACAGAAGAUAUACUUCCUUAUUUUAAGAGAGGAGAGCAGUCGAGGGCCGAGGGCGUUUUGGAAGAAGAGAGCACCAUGAAGCAAAUGAGCUCCAAAGAGGAGAACACACCAUCCUCUAGAAAACCUGUAAUCCUAAAACUGCCGCAGUACGAGAGCUUCAGCUCCCUGAGUGACAUCAUGAAGAAGAUUCCUCCUCGGCAGAGCACUCCGGGUCGAGGAUCGAGGGCCGCCGCGUCAGAGCUGAGCCGCUCCAUGUUAGAGCUGAGCACACACAACCAAGAUCGAGAUGAUGGCCGAGUCCCGGUGCCGCGUUUUAAGGCCAGCGGCUUUGACCCUGAGUACAUGACACCAGCUCUGGCUCUGAUGAAGAAGCGGAACGAUGAGUUGAAACCUUCAUUGUACAGAACCCCCAAAAACUUUCUCCCCAAAGAGAGGCCCCGCAGCUUCAGUUAUGGACUGUGGGAGAGGAAGAGAGUCUCACUGGAAGAGACAGAUGGAGAACAGGAAUGAGGAGAGAGGAAACCAAUACAUGAGCGAUACGUUCUGUAAGAACAUCUUCUAUCACUGUAGUAAAGGCAGCUGCCAUUCACUGCUAGUUACAACCUCGGUAGUGUUAAGCACCCAAACUGAGAUGGGUGUUAAGUAUGAAAUGAAUGUAAUAAAUGAUUUUAAAAGAAGAUGUCGGCAGGGUGAUAAGAUGCUAAAAGUUUUAGUCCGGAAGUUACAAGAACAGUUUUUUUUAAGCAGGUGCCAAUAUACAGACUUUAAAAUGAUACUUUAUGAGGCCAAAGGAAAAAUACAUCUAAAUGACUGAUUAGAACUAUUCCCUAGUAUCGAGCUAAUAUGUGGCACAGCGAAGAAGACUGUUUUUACAUUAAAUAGUAAUAUUGAGACAUUUUGGGGUCAGACAACUGUAAAAUGAAUAAAGAGAAAGUGAUUUGCAUCAGCAA